AUGGUAGUACGAAAGGUAGAAGAAGUCAGGAGAGUGGCUGAGGUUUACCGCAUUUGGGUUAGGCGUGUGAUCGUGCAUCAUAUCUCGUGGAGGAUAUUAGGAGUCGGUUCCCAAAUAUUCCUCUUAGAGAACUAUAUGAGCAGCAGGAUAGCAGCACAUGAAGACAAACAUGGGACAGACAACAGGACUCCAGACUUUCUCCAUGCAAAAAUUGAUGAGAAACGACUUGGCUACAGCCGAAAUAUUAAUCAAGAUAGAUACCUGCGCGAAGCUAAUGUCUCACAAGAGCAUGUGACGGUCUGCGCUUCUAAGUCCACAGUUCUCCAUGCCCCGAUCAACACGUCGUUUGAAAGUCUCCUCGCCCACGCUGUCGUCGCCGGCGUUCACUGCUCAAACGCACUCUUCUGUGUUAGUAACCUGGUCACCCGUGACACCCUGGCCUUCGUGGUGCGACUCUGCAACUUUCACUGCCAGAAAUACAUGGCGGCUUUGACGGCCAUCUUUCUAGUCAACGUUCACGAUUUUCCCUCGUACGAGGCCCCUGAUAUGGCCACCCGCAACUCUGCCGGCCUCCUAGGUGCGGCCAACAAUUCAGCUACUAGUACGCCAUCGCCAGACUCUCCCCAGGAUGGCACCAACCUUGCCGAUGCCAACACUAGCCCUCUCAAGCGCCAGCCAAGCAGGGCUGCCAACAGCCAUUCAGCGAAUUGGACAUCGUCGUCGAAUUCUCGCCAAGCUCUCAACGAUCUUGUCAAUGCUGCUUUUGAAGAAGAAUUGCCGGCGAGAUUCCGAGCUUCCAUGGUUUCUGGCCACGAACUUUCCUUCGUUCGAACACGAGCUCGAUGGAUCGAGCCACUGAAACGACUCCUGGAAACAGAAACCGCCCCCUUGGCCAAGUCCAGGACUUCCAACGGGCCGUACUACGGUCUGUACAAAGAGAACCGUAACGGUCACGUGUUUAGUACGAACCUACCGAGUUCGCCUCAAAAUCGCCCAAUCGUACAGUACUACACCUUGUUGGAAGCGCUGGCCAACCAUGUGGAUCCAGAUCUUGAGGCACAAGCUCCUGCGAACGUAGCGGAGUUCCUGGCUCACGACGCCAUGUUUGUCAACUUCGGUGAACGCGAACCAGAGUCACCAUCUCCAGUGAUUGCGGAGUACAACUGA